AUGUUAUCUUGGUUCAUAUAUUUGUGGUCAUCACAUAAGCAAAUUAUAGGUCCAUGUGAUGAGAAAUGGUCUGCUGCUGUUAUUAUUGACGGGCAUAAGAAAUGCCGAUGUAGAGUCUGUCGAUAUAAAGAUGUUGAGGUUAAGACAGACGAAUUUGACAAACUUGUCAUUGGAUGCUGUCGAAGUCCUAUGUACCGAUCUCAUUACUGUUCUCUGCAUAGAGAUCAACAAUUGCCAGCGGAAACAUCAAUCUCAGCUUCCAAUGGAUAUAGAACUCGAUUUAAAGAAAGAAAGUCACCAUGCAAAAGUGGCUCGAAAAAGCAGCAAAACAUAGGGUUUCGAGCCAUCAGUUAUCGAACAAGCAAAGCCCGAUCUGAUGCAUACAUACAUCGUUGUUCACGGUCAUUUAGGCUGAUUGCAUGCGUCACAAAUUGCUGUGUAUUUGUCUCGUUUGGUGAAAUUUUACGGAGUGAAACACUUCGAGAAAUUCUCCAUUUACUCUUUUCAACUAUCCGGGUAGCUGACAAUUUACCACCUGCUGGCUGCUAUGAUGAUGGUUGUUAUCUGGUACAAUACUUACAUAAUCAUAUUCGAAAAGAUCUUGUAGCAACCGAUGCGGCAACAGUUCUAUCAAAUGUUAAAUUCAGUGUAGGUCGGACACAUUUCAAAAACCACGUUGGUGAAUGGUGUCUUGCUCAUAUGAAUCCAGAUGAUAAUAAACUACUUGAUGAAAUGAAUACCGAAGCUGCUGAACAAAAUUUCAGUUGGUUGAAGAACUAUUCUUCGAUUAUUACUGUUCUAGGAUGGCGUCGAGCCCCAGUAUUUCUGCUUUUACUGUUUCAUAUGAAAAACCUAGCUCUUUGUCAUGUUAGACCUAAUCGAGUUUUUGACAUUAUUAUGUCGAUGUCAAAUGAACAAAUAUUUGAUCGUUUAAAACAAUUAGGCUGCAAUCCUCCAACUAUAAAUGAAAAUAAUCGGAUGUAUGGACUUGCAAUGAUAUACAAUUUCGAGUUAGAGCUGAAUAGUGAUGUAGAUGACAUGGUAUUCGAUGACCAAGAUAUGGAACAAAAGCUACUAUGCAAGGAACAACAACGUAAGAUUGAUUGA